CGCACUCAGCACUGCCGAGUCUGUAGAGAGUGGUGGGGAAAACCAUCUACCGCCACCGCAUCGCAUACACCGGCAUGGUGCGGCAGCUGUUCGACGAGAACAAUAGUCUGGACGGUGUUGGCUCCGUUUUGAGCGGUGUGUUUGACGAUGGCAUGAUUUCUUGGGGACGCAUCGCAAGUGUUCUGGCUCUAGGUGCUGUGGUGUGCGAGCGGCUGAAGCAGGACUGUGUGAAGGAGCAAGAAGAGGAGUGUGUGGACAUUGUUGCUUUACAAAUCUCCUCCUACCUCACUACAGACCUGCAGCACUGGUUCAUCAACAACGGCUGGGAUGGUUUUGCGAAGUUCUUUUAUGUCGAGGAUCCCGAGUCCACAGUUUGGAAGGCACUAAUGGCAGUGGCCGGAUUCGGAAUAGGGGCAUGUCUCUUAACACUGAUGCGAUGAAGUGAGUGGAGGCAGAGGUGGCCACUGUUACUAUGGCCACACUGUUGUCUGUCUUCCUAAGGAAACGAGGACAAAUGUGCUUGUGCUUUUCUGGGCGAUCGCAGAGACACUAAUAAAUCCGUAUGUUUUAUGAAGACUGAGCAAAGUUUAUGUUAUGUCACUCAAUACUAUUAUCAGUUUAUAUUCAAAUAAAAUUCCCCUCACCCAGAUAAACUGCCCCUGUCUCCAUGGGGAGGUCACUGCGCUGUCCUGCACAUGGCAGAAUUUCAGCUGUUUAACUUUCAGUGCAAGGUCUGGCAUGGUGAGGGCCCUGAUUGUGUGAGGAAAUUCAGAGCUUUCCUGUUUGGAGAAAGUCUUAGUUUUUUAAAUAAACACUUCAGGCACUGAA